AUGGGAGAGGUGGAGGAAGACUACUGGACAAUGGGAGGGGUGGAGGAAGACGACUGGAUAAUGGGAGGGGUGGAGGAAGACGACUGGACAGUGGGAGGGGUGGAGGAAGACUACUGGACAGUGGGAGAGGUGGAGGAAGACUACUGGACAGUGGGAGGGGUGGAGGAAGAUGACUGGAUAAUGGGAGGGGUGGAGGAAGACGACUGGACAAUGGGAGGGGUGGAGGAAGACUACUGGACUGUGGGAGGGGUGGAGGAAGACGACUGGACAGUGGGAGAGGUGGAGGAAGACUACUGGACAGUGGGAGGGGUGGAGGAAGACUACUGGACAGUAUAUGCCCCGUCUGCCAACACGGCUGACUACAACAGGGACUCACCAGUGUACCCCUCCUCCAAACCCCCCAGUGGAGGAUUCCCCAGUUCCUUCUUCAUGUCAGACGGUGCUGACCCGUGGAGCUCCUCCAGUGGAAUGAACCAGCCUGGUUACAGUGGCAUGCUGGGUAACUCCUCCCACGGACCCCAGAGCAGCAGCUACUGUGGCACCCACCCUCACGACCGGCUGAGCUACCCGUCACACUCCUCGGCAGACAUCAACCCCAGUCUUCCUCCCAUGUCCAGUUUCCAUCGUAGCAGUGCCUCCAAUCAGUACAGUACAGCUUCCUGCACAGCCACCACCAACGGCACAGACAGCGUGAUGGGUAAGACCUGGGGACAAGGACACAGGGCUGCAGAAGACAGGACAGAAGACAGGGCUGAUUACAGGACAGAAGACAGGACAGAUCACAGGGCUGAAUACAGUGGUAAGACCAGCUAUGUGAAUGAUGUAUGGACGGAUGGGCGGACAGACAGACAGACAGACAGACAGACAGACAGACAGUUCUACAC